AUGGGGGCGCUCGUCAGUCGAACGCGGAAGCGCGCCAAGGCGUACGUCCUUCGCCCGUUCAAGCGCCGCGGGUACUUCCUCACGGCGGAGGAGAUCCGCGAGCGGAACCCGACCAUCUUCGACAAGAUCGCCAGCGGCAAGUACACGGAAGAGGCGGUCGAGAAGAUGAAGCUCAAGCGGCGGGACGAUUUCGUGGCGCUCCGACGCGAGAUGCUCGCGAGGACGAGGGACCCGGCGGAGCGCGCCGGCGUCAUGGCCAAGUUCUUCACGUCCCGCAAACCCCCGCGUCGGUCGCGCGUGAACCUCCCGCACGAGGCGUGGGCCCCGGGCGCCGGCACCGGCGCUGGCGUCGGAGCCGUCGGCGGCGGCGUCUCGGGCGCUGGCGUCCCAUCCGGGCAGUCGCAAUUCGCUCGACUCGUCUCCGUGGACGACGCGCCGGUGGGGUCGCUUCCGGAUCCCCGCGCCGUCGCGCUGGGGCGAAAUCAUCGACGAACGAAUGAAGGGGGUGAUAAAGGGGUGGAGGACGUCGGGGGUGAACCGCGGUCACGUCCGUCGUCGAGCGGGAUCGGAGCGCGAGCUCUGUCGGCGUCCUCUAUCCAUCGCGCCCUCGGCUCGAGCCUCUACGACGACUCCAGCCUUCACGACGACUCCAGCCUGUACGAUGACGACGACGAGUGUUACCGUGAUGAAUGGACCUCGUCGCACGGCGGGUGGUACGCGUCCGCCGUCCGCGGCGUCGACGAUUUUGUCGCAUCGCCGACAAAAUAUUUUGAAUCAGACGAUGAACGAAUGACCGACGACGUCGGCGAGCCCGUCCCGGCGACGCUGCGGAAACGAAUGGUGGAACAGGACGGCGUCGCGGUGGAGUACCCGCGGCCGGCGGGGUUACGUCGUUGGGACGGGUACGUCGCGGAGGAGGACGGGAAGAUCGCGCGGGUGUUGGAGGAGGAGCGAAAGCGUCGAGUCGAGCACAAUCGCGAGAUGCGUCGGAUAUACAAGCGCAGGUACGGCCGAUGGGGUCGUAAGCCCACGCAGCGGGAGGCGCCGGAGUGGACUCGGAACCCGACGAUGGAUGCGCCGUGGCGUCGACCGAAUAACAGGGAGGGGACGAAGUGCACGACGCGCGAGGCUGUCGAGGGCUUGGCGCACGAGCUCAGAUCCGGCACGUACGGUUGGUGGGGCGCGAUGGAGUUGCGGAAAAACGCAAUCGUUCGAGAGGAGAACGCGGUUCGCGCCGCGGAGAAGACGUGGGGCGAGACGAGCGGCGCGCAGGCGUGGAAAGAGUCGAAGCCGCCCGCGGGGGGGCUCAGCACGGCGGUGGCUACCGGCCACGCGGGUGGGAUAUCCACCUCCCGGGGGACCGGACCGGGGUGCGACGUGUCCGACGGUCCGGUGACGAACGAGACGACGAGCGCGGCGCUCCGGGAGGACCGCGCGGAGAACGGCAGGUGGCGAGCGAUACGCGCGGAGCAUCGGGAGGCGCAGGCGCGGGCGAGGGCGGAGCGCGAGCGGAUCAAGGCGGAGAGGGCCGCGAGUCGCAACUCCAAGCGCAAAGCCGGCGUGUGA